AUGUUCAAUGAAUUACCAAAUGUCGAACGAAUAUGGCAUCUCUUACGAGAUAUUUAUCUCGUUCGAGAACAUAAUAUGCUACAUAUUGAAGAACAACUCUUUGCCAAAUUGAUCUUUUUAUAUCGUUCACCAGAAACAUUGAUACGUUUUACAAAACCUAAAAUGAGUGGAAUAGAGAAACGAAAUUGGAAUGGAUUUACAUUAGUUUUACCAUCGAUUUGCCAUUGUCAUGUGGCACAGUUGGCAGUCGAUGCAUUGAUUAAUACUUUCCGUAUGAAAAGUGUACGAGUAUUUGAUUGGAUGUCAGUGGAACCGGUGAUUGCCUAUGAUCCGUAUGAAGGUUCGAACAGGGAAAAUUUAGCAUUUGGUAUUGAAGUUUAUGAAGAAACUAAUUUGAAAUUAUUGGUUAUUCAACAACGUGGUGGAAUUGUCUCUGGCAAACGGCAAGCUUUUGUUGAUGAACUUCUUGCUUUUUUUAAAAAUGAACAAUUAAAAGAAAUCGUCGUUUUAACAGCAUUUAAUGCCGUUGAACGUAAUGAUGCACAAUUAACUGGUGAUCAAUUUCGAUAUCUAUCAACAGUAAUGAAUUCGAAUCAGCUCGGAUGGAUUUCAUUAGAAGAACGUCAAGAUAAACAUCAUCAUAAGGUUGUUCGUGAUCGCGAUCGAUAUUAUAUUGCUGGUGGUGGAAUUGCUAAUCGAUUGUUCUAUACAGCACAACAAUCUCAAAUACCUAUUACUGUUUUAUUGAUGUUUACGGAUGUUGGACAAGAACUUCAACAUGCUAAUGAAUUAUUAGUUCGAUUGAAUCAAUGGAAAAACUGGCGACAAAUUGAACAAUGGCAGAUGCCGGCAUCGCAACGAGCGUGGAUUGAAACACAAACUGUUCCACCAAUUUACUAA